AUGACAGUGGGAGCAGCUGCCACCACCACCACCACCUCCAGCACGGAACAGCAGCACACAGUAGCAGGAGCGAGGGAUGGUGCUGGAGAGGCACCAGUGGAUGGGUCUGGGCUGCAGGUGGGGGAUAGGGGCGAGGAGGAGGGUGCAGAUAGCGCCGAGUUAGGGGGAGCGGCGGCGCUGGCCGGGGCGGCGCUGGCCGGGGCGGCGCUGGCCGGGGCGGCGCUGGCCGGGGCGGCGCUGGCCGGGGCGGCGCUGGCCGGGGCGGUGCUGGCCGGGGCGGUGCUGGCCGGGGCGGUGCUGGCCGGGGCGGCGCUGGCCGGGGCGGUGCUGGCCGGGGCGGUGCUGGCCGGGGCGGCGCUGGCCGGGGCGGCGCUGGCCGGGGCGGUGCUGGCCGGGGCGGUGCUGGCCGGGGCGGUGCUGGCCGAGGCGGUGCUGGCCGGGGCGGCGCUGGCCGAGGCGGUGCUGGCCGGGGCGGUGCUGGCCGAGGCGGUGCGGGGUGCUGGCCGGGGCGGUGCUGGCCGGGGCGGUGCUGGCCGAGGCGGGGCACGCCCCAUCCCCCCACAGUCACCAGUCAUGAUAAUUACUUGUGUUCACCGGGGCAUUACUAGCAGGUACGGAGAGUGA